AUGGGUAUGGGGGGAUUUGGGGGAGAGAUGGUAACUUUAUACAAAUUGAAGGCCAUCACUACUACUGCAGAUGAAAACAACUUAGAUCUGAGGGACCCUUUAGAAAGAUACAGGGAAGCGCGCCAGUCGCCAGGCCCGGUGCGCCAUCGCGGAGCAAGGCCAGCCGCCCCGGGCCCGGGCUCGGCUCACUUUCCUCGGACGCCCCGAAGCAGAGCCAGGGCUCCGUUUAGCCACAUCGACUCUAGUUUCAGCAGCCGCCUCCCGCCAGCAGCGGCUCGGACCCGGCCUCCUCAGGGCGAGCGAGGGAGCGAAAGCCGCCUCCAGCCCGGACCGCAGAUGGAAGGUGUGGUUCAGGACCACCGUAGAGGAAGCGUUGCCUCCCUUGGCCAAGCCGGCCCGCGCUCUGCAGCCCCAGAAGCGCUAGAUGCGGUCUGCGCGGGGGAGAGGGCGUGGAGAGUCGCCGCCCUUCUCGCACCCCCCGCCAGCGACCUCGGCUCGCCCCCUAACACUCUCGCGAGGAAGGCUGCCCCGGGCCAGAGGCAACCCGGGCCGAGGCCGGAGCCAGACGGCGCCGCGGGACUCGGGAGCCGGAGCAAGGCGGUGCCUCGGACCCCGUUCCUGAAAACCGUCGACUUCUCCAGGAUUUGUCAAGUCCUAAGCAGCUCCAAGAAGGCUCCGCGAGCUUUCGGGGAAACCCACUAUGUGGCUCACCCCUGUUGGUCUUGCUCGAGCCCUCGCCUUCCUCCCCUCUCCAGAUGCACCACCCACCUCCGAUCUCGGGCCCUGCGGGCUGAGCCCGCCAAGCCGGCAGAAGCGCGGUUUUAGGCAGAGCGAAGGAGCCCCCUGCUGGCCAGACGCGGCAGGCACGGCGACCCCGCUCCAGGUUUCCUCCGCCCGGCGGCCGCGGCCCCGCCCUUGACCCACCUCGACCGUCCGGCGCCCCCAGCGCUGGGGCGUGUCCAAAGAAACAGAAAACCAAAUCAAACAAAGCGCCAAAAGCCACUCUCACCUGUGGACUGCUCCGAGGCUCUGUCAUGAAUAUAAUCUGCACCAUCACCACUAGGACCAACAGGCAAGCUGAAGUAGUUUCUCAUAUGCUCCUGAAAGAAUGGGGUUCUGAUCAUUAUGGAAUAUUCUUCUACAACUGAGAAGGUGCAGCUGCUGAAUGCAGUUUUCCCUUAUUGGCACAACAUCAAUCUAAAGUCGGAUAAAUAAAUCCUCCUGUAGUCCCCAAAUGGGCUCAGCAUU